ACCGAAGAAACAAGUAGACGAGAGAAAAUUGCAAAAAAUCUAUUUAUAAAUAAAAAAAAACAAAAAUAAAUAAAUAAAAAAUACACUUGAACUUGUUUUAAAUUUGUUUUUUUAAUCAUUUGCCGCACAAGAUAACAAUAAUUCAACAAAACAGUGGGUUUUUUGUCUUAAUAUUUUUUUGUUUAACUUUCCUUCAAACUCGAAUCAACUCCGCAUAUCGAUGGAAAAAAACCAUGAAAUUUAUUCGUUGCGUGAAUGGGCUCCCUUGACCGAAAUAAUCGAAAAAAUUCCCCAUCGCAUACAAAAAGGUCUAUUUCCUGUCGAUUUGGGAAUUACUUGCGUUGAUGUUGUUCCCGAAUUUAUUGCACUCGGAAGCGAUGCCGGUAUUGUUUUUUGGUAUAAUCGAUUUAAUGGUGAAGUGCAAAAACUUCGUUCAGAGGUAUCUUCUCCGAUAACGUGUGUUAAGAUUGUUUCAUCGGUAGAAUAUAUGGUGGCAGCUGGCAAUGCCAGUGGUCAAGUUAGUGUCUUUCAGAUUCAAAAGGAGCUACCCGCAGAUUUAGAUUUGGUGGCUCCUUUUACUAAAGCCAAACCAGUCGAACGUUAUACAAUUCGUGAUUUGCAUAAUUGCACGAUAACUUGCUGCGAAUGGUCCAAAAAUGGAAUGAAACUUUAUUCGGGAAAUAAACAUGGAGUCAUUGUUCUUACAGAAUUUGAUUAUCAAAAUCAUUUAAGUAAAUCAGUAGAAAUCCUAAAUGAAGCUUAUGAAAUCGUCCAACUCAGUAUCCAUCAGUCAUAUUUGCUUGUUUCGACUCUCUACCGAUCGAUUAUUUGCCAGAGAAAUCCAAAAACAAAUCAAUGGCAACUGUCACAAGUUGGCAAAAAAGACCGAAAAACUCUUGCCGACAUUGGUGGGACGAUAUUUAGAAAAGACUCAACUCACACACAAUUAAUAUGUGGCCGACCUGGCUUAAGACUUUGGUUGGCCGAUGUCGAUGGAAAUGUAGAGAAAACUCUUUUAUUUAGAGAUGCAUUGAGCAAAGUUAAUGCAGCAUGGGAAAUUCCUAUUCUAAAUCCAUGUCGCAGUGUGACUAGUUCAAUUACUAAUUUUCGAUCAAUCGAUAUAUAUUUGAACAAAUAUGUUGUGACUCAUGAUGAGACAAUGUUGUAUGUGUUGAAUUUGGAUCAGUUGAAAGUUGAAGCUGUCGCUACGGGAUUUAGAAAGAUAAUUGACUUUUGUGUUAGCAAUAAGGAGAUAUUUGUAUUGGAGGGACCGAGGAGUUUGUUGAGAUUGGCACCGUGUCCAGAGCCGCCAAAUAAAACAGCAAAAAUAAUUUUCAAUCCACUACUUCCUCCGCCCGUCCCAGUACUAGGUGCUUCACUCUUUGAAUCUCCAGUUGAAUACGAAGCUGAAGAAGAAGCCGUAAUCAAUGCCGAAGAAUGCUUCGAAUUGCCACCAAUCGAAGAAAUAAACUUAGAUAUUCCUAUUGAAUUGGCUGUUGAAUCACCACGUGCCGAACAAUCACGUCGCAUGGAGAUCCUAAGUCAAAUUGGUGAAAAAGAAUUCGAAGAAUCCAUACUACAUCAUCGUGGCGCAAACACAUCUAAAAAAGAGGAACGACCGAAGAAGAAAAAGAAACAAAAACCCGAAGGAAUUGUCGAAAUAGGCCAAGCUAUAGCUGAAAAUACAGAAAAACCAGAAAAACCCAAAACAUUGGAAUUCACAGCGAAGCCAACUGUAAUGGAUGCCAGUUUUUGCACAGAUCCAAGUUCUUCUUGCGUUCCUUCCUCGUCGAAACCAUAUUCCUCUUUACCGACAUCCAUUAAAAAUUUCCUUCCCGAAGCCCUAACACCCAAUUCUCUACAGCAAGCAAUCGAAGUUAAAGGCAAAGCUCUCGCAGAAAAACUCCAGCUGGAACCCGUUGAAUUAUCCGAAAUCUCCGAAGAAGAAAUCAAGCAGUCACAGUCUGAGCUUCAAUCGCAAAUGCAAUCACAAAUACAAUCUACAACGUGGCAAUAUCCUAUAAAUCAGUAUCCAAUUACGCAACUUGAAGAUGCUGAAGUCCAAACAACACCACGUAAAAAAAUACAUUUCAUUAAUGACGAAGAUCUAGAUGAGUGUGAUUCAGUUAUGACUUUGCAACAUCAUCAGCAGCAGCAAGAGCAGCAGCAACAACAACAUAAACCAUUACAAUUCAUUCCAACACAGCCAAUUGGUGACAUUGAGCCAAGUGAAAUGAUGCCAACUGUUGUCAAAAUGCCUGAUAGUAUGCAAAUUCCUUCGUUAUGGAAUAUUACUGUAGAACAUAUUACUGGUGGUGGUCGUUCGAGUCCUGGUACAGCCAGUUCAAAUACAUCUAGCGAGUGGGAGUUUUUAGAUAAUUAAUCUUCUAUAAUAUACCAUAAAAUACUAGAUUUUAUUCUUCCCUCUCUCCUUCUUACGUAAAUUUGUUUAUAUUGGUUUUGUCGAUAAAGCGAAUACAUAGGAAAGGAGAAGAUUGAUAAAAAGAGAGACGAAUCGAUGUACAUCUGCCUUGUAGAAUUUUUUUAUAGAUAUCAGGAUAUCGCAUUGGGUUAGAUGCCUUCUGAUCAGUGUUUCAUUUCGAAUGGUUAUAUUUUUGUAGUGAUUUUUGUUUCCAAAUUUAAAAUCCUUGUACAGGUUAAAUGUUUUUAUAAGUAAAAUUCAAAAUCCUUGUUUAAGUUAACAAGUUUUGGAAGGUUAAUAGAAUAAUGAAUAUAAUUUUAUACUAAAAAUUAUUAAGUCGUUUUGGAAAUUAUUUUUGAUAUUAUUGUAUAAUUUAUUAUUUAGUAUUUUGUAUGCAUUUGUUUUAAGCAUUGGAGAAACUAAUAUCGACUUAUUAUCCAAUUGUAAAUUUAAACUUAAACAUUCGAAUCGCAGAUAUUUUAUACAACAUCUUCUCCCAUUGCGAUGUCAUCAUUUUGGCUUUUUAGCAAAAAUUUAAAAAAAAGGGAACUUUUCAAUAUUGUGAUGCACCUAUGUAUAAUUCUAAUAUGUAUUUAAUUUUUUUAUAUAUGUAUAAUUCUAGUUUUAUUUAAGUAUUCUUUUGAAUUUAUUUAAUUUUAUUUAACAACACUGUGUGCUACGUGUAAUUAUGUAUUACGCACCAAUCCAGUCAAUAAAGGAUGUGUCGUUAGAAAUUAUCUGAUUGACACUAUUUUUUACUUCACCUUUACAUAAACUACUGUUACUGCACUAAAGUAUAGAUGGUUGGUCAAAUUAUAUUGUUCGGGCACUCAUUUCCAUCCUGCUUAUCUAAAAACAUUCCAUCUCGUUACAACUUUUAAGUUUAAGCACCGACCAGUCCAUAUAAAAGCAUGUUAGAAAUACGAUUAUUGUCAGAAGCUCUUUCAGACGAGGAGUUUUUUUUUUUUUUUUGUGAACUUCUUUUUUUGGGAGAUAUGGUACAAAACACUUAUACCUCUCUCUUCAUAAUCACAAAAAAAAAAAUAAAACAAUUUUUCGUUUGAAAGCAACGAAAAUUCAAAAGCUUUUAAAAACAGUAAAUUUAUAACUUGACUGGAUUAAUACUUAUAAUUAUUUAUAUUUCGAAUUUAUUUCUUUUUAAAAAUCUAUUUUAUCGAACAAAUUAUUAUUUAUAAAAAAAUAUAA